UUUCCAAUCGCUUUAAACAGAUUUCCCUCCUCUUCAAAUCCCCCUUUUUCAAAUGAGAAAAAACCCUAGUUGAAUCUGAAUUUUCGAUAAAAAAAAACUGAAGUGUUAUAAUGGCGAAUGAUUCCAGAAUGUUGGAGACGAAAAGCGUCGGAAUUGUUGAUGAAGACAGAGAGGAAAACGAGCUAAUGUUGGAGUUGUCGAUUGGGGGGAUUUUUGCGAAAUCAAAGAAAACGAUUCGGAAUGUAAGUGAAUCGAGGGAAAAGGAUAAACAAGAGGAGGGGGAUUUGAAUGUUCAUUCCAAGCGUGAGAUUCAAGCUAUCCGGCGACGGGAACUACGGAGGAAGAGAGAAGAAAAACCGAAGAAAUCGGUCGGUUUUGGUUCAUGUGGUUCAGUUAGUGGUCCGCUUCUGGAGAACAACGAGUGGUUAGAGAAGCAAAUCCUAGGACAAAAUGACGAAAAUUUUGAGAAUGAACCUACUCGUAAAAAAGGGAGGAUCAGAAAUUCACCGGAAAACGUCACUUCGAUUCCUGCAGCACCGAUCACAAACGGAUUUUUACAUCCUAACGUGAUGCCCAUCUGCGGUGGUGGUGAAGUUGUUCCACGAAUGGAAGACGAUUUAAAUACAAAGAAUUCUGUUUUCCGGGCGACGGCAUGCUGGAGUUUCAAGCCAUAUCAAGGGAAUACAAAUCUAAAACCUAUUGAAGACGAGACAGACGGCGGCGGACGACGGUAUUCUAAUGUGAAUUCAAACGGCUCCGCUGGAUACGCUUCCUCCGCCGUGUCAGAUAGUCAAUGCUCCUCUCGCCAGGGCGGUGGUACGGAUGAAAGCAGAAGCAACUCAAGCAACUCACAAGUAGACCACCAACCGGAAAGUACUUCAGCCGCAAGUGAACCAUUUGACCCAUCCGGGUCCGAUCAACCCAUCGGUUCAUCUAAGCCAACCGGCCCUGCAGUGAACCCAAAUGACCGGUUCAGGCCACCGGAGUCGGGUGUCCCAAACCCAAUUAACCCAACUCCGAAGCUUGAGACGAGUAGUAGCCAAAACCAACAACAGGCUUCUAUUCUAGCCCGAAUGCCGUGUGUUUCCACAACUGGAAACGGGCCAAAUGGGAAGACAGUUAGCGGGUUUCUGUACAGAUAUACAAAGAACGAGGUAAGCAUCGUGUGUGUAUGUCAUGGUCAAUCAUUCUCUCCGGCUGGUUUUGUGGAGCAUGCAGGCGGCGUUGGUAUCACUCAUCCCUUGAAACACAUCACCAUACUUCCGACUGCUUUUGCAUCUUGAAUAAUUCCGGUAGUGAGUUUACAUUUUUUAGCUUGUGGUUUUUUUAAUUGGUUUUCAACUCGUUAGUAAUAUCCUCCUGGUGGAUCCGAUUAAUUUUUGCAUGUUGAUCAUGGAUAAUAUGUUUGAACAUGCAAAAUUGUGGGCCUUUCGGAUUUGGUCAAGUGUAAAUAUGAAAUUUUGAUGAUCGAUUGGAAAACAUUACUGUGGUUUUGCGUGGUGCUAAUUUGCUAUAGGUAACGUUUUCUUCGUGAGAGCUCUGAAAUUCCAGAUGUCUUGUCGGUGCAUGUAAACAUAUGUCCAUCCGAAAAAAGAAUGUUUGUAACUUGGCACGUGUGGUGAGUUCGUAAUGAUAUAAAAUUCAAUGAUAUGACAU